AUGCUGGGGCAAUCGUGGGUCCUUUCCGACACAUCCGAGGCAGAGCAGGGCGCGUUGGCGGAUUGGAAGCUCACGCACGACGCGCUAGAGCAGCUCGUGGCCGCGGUGUCAUUCUUCUCGGGCCUGCAUGCGCUGCUCGGAUUGCUUGAGCAGUACCCCUCGGCGCCCUGGCUUCACGAGGUCGCCUGCAAGGUGCUCGUGGGGGACGCGGAGCACCAGGACAUGACGGCGCGACGGCAGAGGGCUCCGUGCUGCAUUCCGCCCCGCAGCUGGCGUUCUGGGCCACCGGCCUCCUGA